GGAGAGGGUGUCUCCCCUAGAAGCUGCCAGAAUGAAAUAAUGGGCGCACUUCAGAUGCCACUCUUCAAAUUCGUCAAAGGGUUCAAUAUUUUCCACCCGCCGGCGCUCUUCUGCGGGGAGAAAGCAGUGAUAGAAUUCAUUCAUGUCCACGGCACGGCAGGCGGUCCAGCCAGCUUGAAGGAAGCGGCGCCGCUGCGCCUCCACGUCAGGAAAGCGCUCCAGGCCAUGCAGGGGAGAGUUUAGCUGCCGAAAAUGUUGCAGCAUGAACUGGCCAAAGGCGUCUUGAGGCCUCAUCUGCUCAUAGACCACGAAAAGGGCAUUAGGAAAACGCUGGGCUGCCCAGGCGAUAAGGGCCGCGGCACUCUCCGGCUCGAGGUAGGUCAGCACCGCCUCGGCCAGGAGCAGAGUGGGUGAGGCUGCGUCGAGCCCCGCGGCGCCCAGGGCCUCCUCCACUCGCUGGAGCUGCCGCAAGUCCAGGCCCAGAAUGCAGUAGUCUGCGCUCUCAAAGCACAGCGCGGACGCGGGCUCCCCCCUCUGGAAAGGCCCGGUUAACGCGCACAGCUCUGGCGUCUCUCCAAUCCUUUCUGCUUUGCGCCGCGCCACGUCCGGAAAAUCCACCUCCCAGACUGCAGCCCGGGCCAGGCGGCCCGCGGUUUUCAAGCGAAAAUACAGCGAGUCGAAGCCGGCGCCGAGAGACAAUAUCUGCGCGCGAAGCGCUGCCUGGGGCGCGCCAGUCUGCUCCAAAAAGGCGCGCACGCAGUGACUCACGGCGCGUGCGCGGACGUAGUAGCCUCGGUGAAUGAGCGGGGCGCGGCGCGCCGCGCCCGGAACCAGCAACGCGACAAAGGGGUCCUGCACAUACCCGCGCGCGGCCAGGGAACGCUUGCUGAGGGCGCUGCUGUCGUUGGUGUUCUGUACCGCGCCUGCCCGACGCUCGCGGCUCCGGGGGCCCAUGGCCAGAAGAGUCUCAGGAAUGGCAGUCUGUCACGGUUGUGAGCCGCCCCUUGGUUAGCACAGUACACACCUCACGGACCUCGGAGGCUGAAGUGGGAGGAUCGCUUGAGUCUGGAAGCUUCAGACUGCAGCAAGCUGUGAUCGUGACACUGCACUCCAGCCUGGGCAACAAAGUAAGAUCCUGUCUCAAAAGAAAAAAAAAAAAAGGUGAAGCUGAACCCAGAUCUACACAUACAGCUAAUCUUACCAAAAUGUGUGGAAGUAAAGCAAUCUGAAGGAAAUUCAGUACCAUACAAUUUACUGACUGAAAUACAUCAUAUUGCUCAUACCAAGAAUAAGAGUGGAGAAGAACCAUUUUUUUUCCUGCUAAAAUGAUAGAGGCAGAAGAGCAACAGCCUUGCAAGACAGACUUCUAUUCUGAAUUGCCAAAAGUGGAACUUCAUGCCCACUUGAAUGGAUCCAUUAGUUCUCAUACCAUGAAGAAAUUAAUAGCCCAGAAGCCAGAUCUUAAAAUCCACGAUCAGAUGACUGUGAUUGACAAGGGAAAGAAAAGAACUUUAGAAGAAUGUUUCCAGAUGUUUCAAACUAUUCAUCAGCUUACUAGUAGCCCUGAAGAUAUACUAAUGGUCACAAAAGAUGUCAUAAAAGAAUUUGCAGAUGACGGUGUCAAGUACCUGGAACUAAGGAGCACACCCAGAAGAGAAAAUGCUACCGGAAUGACUAAAAAGACUUAUGUGGAAUCUAUACUUGAAGGUAUAAAACAGUCCAAACAAGAAAACUUGGACAUUGAUGUUAGGUAUUUGAUAGCAGUUGACAGAAGAGGUGGCCCUUUGGUAGCCAAGGAGACUGUAAAACUUGCCGAGGAGUUCUUCCUUUCUACUGAGGGUACAGUUCUUGGCCUUGACCUCAGUGGAGACCCUACUGUAGGACAAGCAAAAGACUUCUUGGAACCUCUUUUAGAAGCUAAGAAAGCAGGUCUGAAGUUAGCAUUGCAUCUUUCAGAGAUUCCAAACCAAAAAAAAGAAACACAAAUACUCCUGGAUCUGCUUCCUGAUAGAAUCGGGCAUGGAACAUUUCUCAACUCUGGUGAGGGAGGAUCCCUGGAUCUGGUGGACUUUGUGAGGCAACAUCGGAUACCACUGGAACUCUGUUUGACCUCAAACGUCAAAAGUCGGACAGUUCCAUCUUAUGACCAGCACCAUUUCGGAUUCUGGUACAGCGUUGCCCAUCCUUCUGUGAUCUGUACUGAUGAUAAGGGUGUUUUUGCAACACACCUUUCUCAAGAGUACCAGCUGGCAGCUGAAACAUUUAAUUUGACCCAGUCUCAGGUGUGGGAUCUGUCUUAUGAAUCCAUCAACUACAUCUUUGCUUCUGACAGCACCAGAUCUGAACUGAGGAAGAAAUGGAAUCACCUGAAGCCCAGAGUGUUACAUUUUUAAGCUAUAAUGAGGUGAACUACUUCUGAGUAUGUGUUGCAAUCAAGGUCCUGCCAUAUCCCACUUAGUAAAACAGUCCACCACUCCUUUGAAGCAUAGCAGCCAAGUUCCUUGGGCUCUAUCACCAGCACCUUAUACGUGGCAGGUACUCAGUAAAUACGUGUCUUCAACUGACUCACAAGCUCUCAGGUGCUUACUGGGUGGGACUUGACUGUUGUUGCUAAUUAAAUCCCCAUUCCACCAGUGAUUAUUGUGACUCAGCAGUCCUUCCCUAUUAGUGAUCAUAAAAUUUCAGGGAAAUCAAAGUUUCUCAUCAGGAAAUGUUUUGGAAUUACUAGUAUAAAGUUAGGAAAGUGGGGAAAUUAGGUUACUGCGGAGACCUUUAAGCCUUCUAAACAGCUUAUAUUUUAUUGUGCAUACUUUAAUCAGACUCCCUUCACUUGCUUUAAGUUUUUAAAAGUAUUCCCCAGCCGGAUGUGGUGGCUCAUGCCUAUAAUCCCAGCACUUUGGGAGGCCAAAGUGGGCAGAUUUCUUGAUCCUAGGAGUUCAGUAGCAGCCUAGGCAACAUGGAGAAACCCUGUCUCUACAAAAACAAAAAAACAAAAAACCAGAAAUUAGCCAGGCAUGGUAGUGCACGUCUGUAGUCCUAGCCACCAGGGAGGCUGAGGUGGGAGGAGACCUGAGCCCAGGGAUGUUCGAGGCUGCAGUAAGCUGUGAUGCUACAGCACUCCAGCCUGGGCAACAGAGUGAGACCCUGUUUCAAAAAAAAGAAAAGUAUUCUCCAAGAUCCCAAGACCAUUGACACCAGGCCACAUUGUAUACCAGGGAUUUAUGUGAAUGCCUAGGGAUGACCCUAGUGACAGAUAAAGCUAGGUGCUGAGAUCUGGUUUUGCCCUCUUUAUGAUUGCUCCAUCAGUACUAGAAAGUGAUUGAAGUCAUUGCUCCAGUUUUGGAAGAGGAGAGAAUAACUGGCUGAGGGGAGAGAAAGACAGAAAUAGCUGCAGCUUUCUUUUUUUUUUUUUUUUUCAACAAAGACUCUCACUCUGUUCCCCUGGCUGGAGUGCAGUGACAUGAUCACAGAUCACUGCAGCUUUCAGUUUUAAAACAGCUUCCAUUACAUUUUCUUUGUGGAAGCUGUAUUUCUACCUUAGUACUCACUUUCUGCUCGGUCUAAAAGAUACCUCUGGUAGUGGCAACACUGUGUUAAGUAGAGUUCAUUGGGUCUCUUGUAACCCUACCCCUACAUAGUGGACCACUGGUGCAGGCUUACAUAAACACACAUACUGUGGCCACUUCAGCUGAAGACAAGGGACAAACUAAGAUAGUUCUGAAAGGUAAAAAAACAAACAAAAAAAAACAAAAACAAAAUUAUUAGAUUUUUGAUCUAUUAUUAGAUUAUUAGAUCAAGUUAUGCUUGAAUUGCUUUGCUCUUUAGAAUGUGUAUUUUUGCCUGGUAUCAGAAGAAGUUAAGGCUGAUGACACCCCUAAUUUAAAUUACUAAGGGUUUCUGAUAGGUUUUCUUUCUGUGAUAUUGUAAAGUAUUUAUUUGGUCUUUGACCCUGUUUCCUGGCAUACUGCUCCUAAAAUCCUUAGAGUCUCCAGAGUGAUGGCUUUUUGUAUCUAAUGAGUUGACUGCUGGCUGGCAGCCCCUAGGGGCUGGUCACUGGAAAGACAAAAGCAUGAUUAGAGUUGGGACUUUCAGUCCUCCCCCAAACUCUUGGGAGAAGGGCAGAAGGUUACCAGUGACCAGUGGUAAUCAUACCUUCAUAAUGAAGCCUCCAUAAAACUCCAAAAGAACAGAUUUCGGAGCACUUCCAGGUAACUGAACAUGUGGAGGUCCCUAGAAGGUGCUGUACCUGAAGAGGGUAUAGGAGCUCCCUGUCCCUUCCUACAUGCCUUGCUCUAUCCAUUUCUUCAUCUCUAUCCUUUGUACUGUCCUUUAUAAUAAACCAGUGAACCUAAGUGUU